AUGUUUUCUCUCGCAUCACAAUCCCUCCGCCAGCGUUUCUACGCGUCUGAGGCUGCUGAGGAGCACGAUGUCGUUGUUAUCGGUGGUGGCCCUGGAGGUUACGUCGCCGCUAUCAAGGCUGCCCAGCUCGGUUUGAAGACCGCAUGUAUCGAGAAGCGCGGUGCUCUCGGUGGAACCUGUUUGAACGUCGGAUGUAUCCCCUCAAAAGCCAUGUUGAACAACUCGCAUAUCUACCACACUAUUCUCCACGACACCAAAGGCCGCGGUAUCGACGUCGGCGAGGUCAAGCUCAACCUCGACAACAUGCUCAAGGCCAAGGACACCUCCGUCUCCUCCCUUACCAAGGGUAUCGAGUACCUCUUCAAGAAGAACGGCGUCACCUACUACAAGGGAUCCGGUCAGUUCGUCGAUGAGCACACCAUCGACGUCAAGGGUCUCGAGGGUGAGAAGGACGCUACUGUCAAGGCCAAGAACGUUAUUAUCGCUACUGGUUCCGAGGCUACCCCCUUCCCCGGAUUGGAGUUCGACGAGAAGCGCAUCGUGUCGUCCACUGGUGCUUUGGACUUGAAGGCUGUCCCUAAGAAGAUGAUCGUUAUCGGUGCUGGUGUUAUCGGUUUGGAGUUGGGUUCCGUAUGGCACCGUCUCGGUGCUGAGGUCACCGUUGUCGAGUACAUGGGCGCCGUCGGUGCCGGUAUGGAUGCUGAGCUCGCCAAGGCUUUCCAGAAGACCUUGACGAAGCAGGGUUUGAAGUUCAAGCUUAACACCAAGGUCGUCAAGGGUGCUGUUGACGGUGAAGUCGUCAAGCUCGACGUCGAUGCCGCCAAGGGUGGCAAGCCCGAGACUCUCGAGGCUGAUGUCGUCCUCGUCGCUAUCGGUCGUCGUCCUUACACCACUGGUCUCGGUCUUGAGAACGUCGGUAUCGAGCUCGACAACCGUGGUCGCGUCAUCGUCGACUCCGAGUACCGCACCAAGGUUCCCCACAUCCGUUGUAUCGGUGACGUUACCUUCGGUGCUAUGUUGGCCCACAAGGCCGAGGAGGAGGGUAUCGCCGCUGUUGAGUACAUCCACGCUGGUCAUGGACACGUCAACUACAACGCCAUUCCUUCCGUUAUCUACACCCACCCCGAAGUCGCCUGGGUUGGACAGAACGAGCAGCAGGUGAAGGAGUCCGGAAGGCCCUACAACGUGGGUACCUUCCCCUUCUCCGCCAAUUCCCGUGCCAAGACCAACCAGGAUGCUGAGGGUAUGGUAAAGUUCAUCUCGGAUAAGGAGACUGACCGCGUUUUGGGUGUCCACAUCAUGGGACCCAACGCUGGUGAGAUGAUUGCUGAGGCUGUGUUGGCUAUUGAGUACGGUGCUAGCUCCGAGGACAUUGCCAAGACUUGUCACGCUCACCCUACCCUUUCUGAGGCGUUCAAGGAGGCUGCCAUGGCUACCUACGGCAAGGCCAUCCACUUCUAA